GUUCAGUCUUUAAACGGAACUCAUCGUGAGCGCACGCGCAAAAACUUUCCGGGCUUAGAGUUCGGGAAUGAUCGAACAGUGUUUUAUGUUUAAAUAAUUGGAAGCUAAAUAUCCCAAAGCUUACUCACCUAGCUAAUAAUCAGCUGACGCACCUGACUGAAUAUUAUUUAAUUUACGAGCGAGUGAUAAGCGAAUUAAUUAACGAUUGAUAAAAAAAAGUUUUCAGACAAGUCAAACGAAAAUGCGUGUCAGCAGCGGUAAUACAUUCUGCAGUCUCUUGCUUUUGGCGCUUCUGACGACGGGUUUCUCUCAUGCCAAACCCUUGGAAGAACCGAAGAAAACUGACACCGAGCUAAGUGAUUCGAAUGGGCAGGCAGCCAAAAAUAAAACAGCUGUCAGCGCUGGCGAGGAGCUAAAAACUGCAACGAAUUUGGCGCUUGCUGGCAACUAUAAAUACGACGUGGAAAUACUUGAGUCUGGCGACAACGAGGAUGAGGAUCGGGAUAGCAGCGAGGAGCUGGAGGAGCGUUUCAAGGGCCACGGCAUAUUUAACACGGACACCGAUACUUUCAUAGCUGAAAAUAUUGAGAUGACGCCCGUGAAUGUGGAGUCGAGUGCCAUUAGCGAGAGCCACAUGCUGCUAAGCAUUGUAUUGGUCGUCGUGGCUUUGGUCUCGGUGUGUCUAUACGCCGGACUCGUUAUAUGGAGAUCGCACCUGGAGCAACGCUAUGGCAUGCGCGAGAGACUCGUUAAUCGAGAUGUGGACGAGGAGGGCGUUGACGACCCGGACUUUCAUGUGACAUAUCCUCACACACUGAGCCCCUACGCGCCAACAACAACGACAGCUACGACGCGAUCGUAGUCUGAUGUGGAUAUUUGUGUAGGAUGAGAUUCAUUAGCGCUUAAUUAUAUUUUAAAUUGCACUUGAUAGCGUCGCCUGCAUUCAAACACCUGUGCGUGUGUGAGUGAGAGGUGAACGAGGGUUUUGUGUGCAUUGUCAAUUAACUAACACAUACAUAAUCGCGCAUUAAAUAACAAUACUAAAGUUCAUCUUAGAAUAUGAGGGUCGCUGAACUGUAAAAAGUUUUCACCCGCAGUUGGACAUGCCAAUUAGUUUUAAGCUUCUGUGAUAUUGUUCUAGAGACUCUUUUUAUAUUAACAUCAUGCUCAGAGUCAGAAACUAAAGUAUUUAAUAAAAAAAAAAAAAAAACAUAAAUUUUAAAAAGGUG